GGAGCUUGCAGUCGUCGCUCCGGCCUUCUCCGUCCCAGACUUGACCCGUCUAUUGUGCCUCUACCUCCGGCCCCUACGCGCGCAAGCCUCGAUCUUUGAUCGAAGCUCCAUCGUCGAUCGCAUACCUACCUCCUCUCUCGCUCUCGCCCUCCUUCUCCGACCUCUGCAUUUCCUUCGCAUUGCGCCGAUCACACACUCCUUCCGCGAUUAUAUUUGCUUGGAUUUCACGGGAGUUCCUUGCUUGGGAGUCAAUUCCCUCCGAGCGUUUCGGGUCUCAGUGUCCUGAUAGGUGGAUGCCGUGCCCUUCCGCAAGUAGCUAAUGGGCUAGCUUUCCGCUGUCUGGAGCCAUACCGAGAACAUGGGUUCGUGUGUGAGUACAGAGGCGGCAGGGGAUGCAGAAUCGAAACGAAAGAGCCAGGCGAUCGACCGCAAGCUAGAAGAGGAUUCGAAAAAGCUACGGCGAGAGUGCAAGAUUCUAUUGCUUGGUUCCGGAGAAAGCGGGAAAUCUACUAUCGUCAAGCAGAUGAAGAUUAUCCACCAAAAUGGCUACACAGUUGAAGAGUUGGCCCUGUAUCGUCUAACUGUCUACAAGAACCUCCUCGAUUGCACCAAGUCUCUCAUCGCUGCCUACCAUCAGUUCUCGCUAGAGCCAUCGAGCCAGAAAGUCCGCGAUUAUAUCCAAUUCCUUUCCGACUACAAUAUUGACCCCGACCCUAACAUACCCCUGGAUGCCAAGGUGGGCGAUGCGAUAACCUAUCUCUGGAAUGAUCCGUGUACGUCCAAUGUACUGGAACAUCAAAACGAAUUCUAUUUAAUGGAUUCGGCACCAUAUUUCUUCGAGGAAGCCAAACGGAUAGCAUCCGUGGAUUAUAUUCCCAACGUGAAUGAUGUGCUUCGUGCGCGGACGAAAACAACAGGUAUCUACGAGACACGAUUUACAAUGGGUCAGCUAAGCAUACACAUGUUUGACGUUGGCGGCCAGCGCAGUGAGCGGAAAAAGUGGAUUCAUUGUUUCGAAAAUGUGACAUCCAUCAUUUUCUGUGUGGCGCUCAGUGAGUAUGAUCAAGUAUUACUAGAAGAAAGCAAUCAAAAUCGCAUGAUGGAGAGUCUAGUACUGUUCGACUCUGUGGUCAACUCCCGGUGGUUUAUGCGAACGAGCAUUAUCCUCUUUCUAAACAAAGUCGACCUUUUCCGACAGAAGCUCCCACGCUCUCCGUUGAACCAAUAUUUCCCCGACUAUUCAGGCGGUAACGACGUGAAUCGAGCGGCCAAGUAUCUCCUUUGGAGGUUCAAUCAAGUAAACAGGGCGCAUCUGAAUCUUUACCCUCAUCUAACUCAGGCUACCGACACGACGAAUAUCCGCCUAGUCUUUGCGGCUGUCAAGGAGACAAUCCUGCAGAACGCCCUCAAGGAUUCGGGCAUCCUGUGAACCAACUACCGUCCAUCUAACCUCAACGCUCAGCGAGGGACGCUUUCAUCUCGAUUACAAUGUCCGUUCCUUACCCCUAGACUCCACUUUGGCAGUUGCCUAUGUCAUGUUGUGGACUAUUCUCUUCAUUCUGUCAGUCGAUCUUCA